AUGUAUUCAAAAUGUCCAUUGUGUGGUCGCGACUAUGCUCAACUAAGCCAGCAUCUGAAGGUGUUACACGGUGUGGUCAAUCUGGAGGAGAGACGCCUCCUUCUGUCGCUAGAGUCCGGCCGGGUCAACGUGCCGGGAUGCCAGAAGGAGGUGUCAAGGAUGGAUAGGCACCUCUUCUCCCACUCCGAGCUCUCGGCAAAGGCACACCGGGUCGCCUUUGCCGAGAGCAAGCGGCAAAAAAUAUUGUUGGAGUUGGCAACCCUGAGAGCUACGAACCCGGCGGUGCCGAUGGUGUCUUCCCUCGACCUGCGGGGGGAAGGAGAGCAGGCCGGGGAAGGCACCUCGGCCGCCGCCGAGGAAGACGUGGAGCCGCAGGACAGGCUGAGGGCGACCAACGCCGACCUCAACGAUCAGGUCGACGCCCUCACGUCUUCCUUGGCGGAGCUCACAAAGAGAUAUAAAAAACUUCUUCGUCGGCAGACGGCGAGGCCGGCGCAGGAAGUCCGGAGGGUGACGGGCAAGCUUCUCAGCGCUCUGGAGGCUCCGGUGUCUCCGGACCGGGAGGAGGCACCACCGGAGGCCACCGGAGACUCUCCUCCGGAGGUAGAAGCUGGUCCCGUCACGCCACCCCCGCAACCUGAGGAGGAAGAGGGGGGAGAGUCAAGCGGCCCUCAGUUUCCGGACCACGUGGUCGCCCUUAACGAGCUCCUGGCGGAGUUCAGGAGGCAUCACGAGGGGCCGGAACCCAGCCGGAAGCUGAGGGACAACGUGACUAGCAAGAUCUACCGUAUCAGGGCCUUCGUGGCCUACAUGGCGGAGGGGAAAAGCAGGCUGGCCACGUUGCGGUUCAUGGACGACCCUGAGAGGAUGAGGACGUGGGUGACCAAUCUCAGGGCGUCCAAAAUGACCGAGACCACCUUGAACCACUACCUGAACAACGUGGCCCAGUUCCUUGACUACGUGCAUGAGACCCCUCCGCCGACCUCCCGCCUGUCCAAGAAAUCCAUGCUGGGGAUCAGGCGGGAGGUCAGGGCCCUGCUGAAGGGCCUCCGUAGAGGUGUUGUUAUGCACCAAAUUGGGGUGAAACAGGCCAAAGAGGGCCGCGUCAUCCCCAAGGUGGUGCUUUGUCGAUGCCUCUCGGAGGCCAAGAAGCGCAUACCGGAGGUCCUGGACCAGCUCGAGAACGACCUGCAGCAAAAGACGCAGUUCUCCUUCUAUGGCUACUUGACGGCCUACUACGCCUCCAUUUACGGGCACCGGCUGGGGGUUUUUCAGAACCUCACCAUCCGGGAGGUGGAGGGGGCCGUCAAGUCGCCUAGCACGGGGGACUACCUCAUAAACAUCUCUCUACACAAGACGAACCGGGCGUUCGGCCCGGCGCAGCUGUCCCUGACCGCCCAGGAGUACGGAUGGUUUCGGCGGUUCCUGGCGCUGCGCGACCGGCUGGUCGGCGGGCCGGACGCCCGCUUAUUCUUUUACACGUCGACAACAACGUUUGCCUUUCCUUCUGAUACAGAACAACUACUUUCAGGGGGCUUGGGUGUCGAUGGGCCUGCCGGGGAAACCCACGUUCAUGGACGUGAGGACCUCCAUCGCCACCCACGCCCGUAA